GCAGUUCUCCAGCUUUAUACUAUUAAAAUGCAAACUCAGAAGAAAGUAAAAGAAAUGAAUCCAAUUGAAGGUGUAAAAUGGUGACGUAAUUUAAGAUAGCACGUGCCGAGUGACACUAGUCCACACAUAUACUCAAACAAUAAGUACAGCUGUUAUUCAUUAUCAUCAUCUACUGCUUCACAACUAUUUCCAUGGUGUCGGCUCUUACUUUCCCACUCCUCUUCUCAGGUAAGAUUUACAUACAACCUACCCAUUUUCAUCAUCCACACUCUCUCUCUCCUUCCAAAUUACUCCAUCUAUUACUAUCAACUAUGGAUGAUGAGCUUCAAGACUGGGAGGUCCUCCACCACAAUUCUGAUUCCGAAUCCGUUCCCUUGGAUGAGAUCGAUUCCACUGGCUUCAUUCACACAGAUUAUUUCUCCUUAGACUCUCUCAAACGAUACGGUCAGGAUUUGGAUGACGGUAAGUCCGCCGUCUCGGAAAAUCCUAGCUGGAUUGACCCAGCCUUGGAGGAUAAUCCCGCUCGCUAUCUCAACAAGGAAUCCACCGACUUCUGGUCUGAUUCCAGCAGCGACAGGUCUGAAGACCGCCACAAGUUUACCGAUUUCUUACUUAGAAAUCAAAUGAAUUUUUACAAAGGAAUUAGGGAAGUUGUUGAUGAAAAGGGGGAUAAAGUGGAUUCCACUAGAACUGAAGAAACAAAAUCUAGUGAAGAUAUUGCGAACGUGUCGGGCAAAGUGCAGGAGGCUGAAAUUGACAAGAUGGCAAGUGGAAAUGAGCAUUUGAGAGACGAUGGGAUUGAUAAGAAAAGCCAUGUGGUGUGGUGGAAGAUGCCAAUGGAGUUUGUAAAAUACUUUGUGUUUCGGAUGAGUCCAGUAUGGACAAUCUCUGUUGCGGCUGCUUUCAUGGGGUUUGUUAUUUUAGGGCGCAGGUUGUAUAAGAUGAAGAAGAAGAAGAACACGAACAAGGCUAGGGGACUGCAGAUUAGGGUUGCUGUUGAUGAUAAGAAGGUAUCCCAGGUAAUGAGCCAUGCACCUCGUUUGAAUGAAGCAUUCUCAGUUGUGAAACGUGUACCUGCAAUUCGGCCUUCACUGCCUGUUAUUGGCGUCACAACCUGGCCGGCGAUGACUAUACGAUAAGCGGAGCUUGUUGCCCUUAAAACAGCUUAUGGGAGUGGUAUAUAUUAUCAAUUUGAAGACUCUGUUUAGUGUCCGGUUACAGUGUAGUAUAAAGCAAGCAAGUAUGUACAAUACUAGGUUUCAUUGGCAAAGUAUGAAUUUUACAUGUGUUGUUUCUAUCCCAUAAUUUGUUUUUCUGGCCCCAUUAUCCAGAUUUAUACUUGUUAUUGUGGCUAUUUUGUGAGCCAUACAAGAGUAAUUGUAAUUAUUAUUGUGUCAUGAUAAAGAGAUUUAUACUUGUUAAAGUUUAUGGUUCAAUAUAUUAUUUCGGAUAUUGAUUGACUAGACAA